AUGUGUUCGAGGUACUUGAUAAUCUUCGGCUUUGUUCUGAUCUACACGUUGAAUGUCACGUUUGCCGCUUAUGGAGAUCAUAAACAUAGAGAUCCAAUCGAUUACACUGACGAUGAUGUGAAUAGAUUGUUCGAACAAUGGGAGGAAAAUGACGAAGAUGGUUCAUCGAAAGAUGAUGAAGACGAUCCGAGAAAACAUCAGCCGAAACGACCGCUCACUGGAAAAGAUCCCGAGAAGUUAUUUGCUCAAAUGAAAAAAGGACAAGCAACGAUGCUAACUGCACUCGUCGCCGGCAACCCAACGAAACGUGAAACUGAGCAAAUUGCACUAAUAUGGUGGAUGGGAUUACGAAAUGCUCUCUACGACGUGCAUAAAUUCGUAGGUGAUGAUAACAAAAUAGUGUUCGGCAUUGAUGAUGGUUCACGUAUAUACGAAAUCAAAGAGUUUCUCAUCAAUCAGCCCGAAUGUUAUGAGGUGAUUAUUGACCAACAAACAUUUCCAGGACGAGGCUCCAAACCAACGAAAAGUAAACUCAAAGAACUAUGA